AUGGAUGAGCUAAGUGUGAACGCUGAAAAAAAUAUUAAAGCCGGGUUUAGAAAAUGUGGGAUUGUCCCAUUAGAUGCUAACCAAGUUCUAUCAAGGCUUCCUCUGCAAGAAGAGGACGAAGAGGUAAAGAAAAAAGCUAUGAAUGAUAGUGUCUUAUCACUGUUAAAAGAAAUGCGCUAUGGAUCCAUGAAUAUUAGAGAACCCCAAAAGAAGAGAAAAUUGGAGGUGGUGGCAGGAAAAAGUGUAAGUGCUGAGGAAUUAGAAAGGAAUGAAGAUCAGGAACCUUUGAAACCAAAAAAGAAAAGAACACUAAAGCAAACUCCAAAAGGAAAGGGUGUGGGCAAAAAAACAAAACCAAAAAUUUGCAAUUUACAGAUAGACAACGGUGAAAACAGAAAUUGCGAUAUCAAAGUAUGCGGUGAAAGCAAAGAGGUAAAUGACGAUAAUGUAUUUGAGGUACCGGUUGGAUUACACGAUCCUGAUGUAGUGAUUCCUGAACCUUUUGAUUUUUCCAUUAAAGAAAUGCCAAUAAUUUUUGCUGAAAAUUUCGAUUGCCAAGAAAUUGAUUUGAGAACUUUUGAUGAAGACCAAAAGAACCAAAACACAAGUAAACAAGAUUAUGGAAAAGAAAAUAAAAAUAUUCAAACAAAAAACACACAGAAGCCUAAAAUUCAAAUUAUAUCGUAUAUAAAACUUAAAUUGCCAUUGCCUAUGAAGAGAAUAAACAGUAAUUCUACCUUACACAAUAACGGAAAAAGUAAGUCAACCCGUACAAAGAAAGAAAGAAGUCUGAAUUUUUACAAAGACGAGGAAGAAAUUUUGAAAAUUUUAGAAGAAGAAUAA